AGCAGCAAAAGUAGUUUAGGAAAAAGACGAAAUUUUGAAGACAAGGAAAAUCAGCUUCUUGAUAUUCAUCAAAAUAGAUUUACUACACCACCACCAUGUGAAAACAACUCAUUUUUAGAAUCUAGUUAUACAGUUUUUGAUAAAGGACUUACAAAUUAUAAAGAUGGCAUGAAAAUUGAUCUGGAAUUAGUAGUUCAAGAAACAGAUGAAACUGCAAUUUCCUAUUCUGAAUGCUCUUUUGAUUAUAAUUCUUGGAAGAAUUGA